AUGGACAAGCUGCCGCCGUCCAUGCGCAAGCGACUCUACAGCCUUCCGCAGCAGGUGGGGGCCAAGGCGUGGAUCAUGGACGAGGAAGAGGACGCCGAGGAGGAGGGGGCUGGGGGCCGCCAGGACCCCAGCCGCAGGAGCAUCCGGCUGCGGCCGCUGCCUUCGCCUUCACCCUCGGCUGCCGCGGGCGGCACGGAGCCCCGGGGCGCGGUCCACGGGGCUGCAGACGGCGAGGGGUCAGCCCGCGGCGCGGGCAAGUCCAGCACGAACGGCGAUUGCAGGCGCUUCCGCGGGAGCCUGGCAUCGCUCGGCAGCCGGGGCGGCGGCGGCGCGGGAGCGGGGGGCGGCAGCAGUCACGGGCACCUGCAUGACUCCGUGGAGGAGCGGCGGCUCAUCGCCGAGGGUGACGCGUCCCCCGGUGAGGACAGGACGCCCCCGGGCCUGGCGGCUGAACCCGAGCGCUCCGGCGCCUCGGCGCAACCUGCAGCCUCGCCGCCGCCGCCGCCCCAGCAGCCGCCGCAGCCGGUCCCCGCCUCCUGCGAGCAGCCCUCGGUGGACACCGCGAUCAAAGUAGAGGGAGGCGCGGCCGCUGGAGACCAGAUCCUCCCUGAGGCCGAGGUGCGCCUGGGCCAGGCCGGCUUCAUGCAGCGCCAGUUCGGGGCUAUGCUCCAGCCCGGGGUCAACAAAUUCUCCCUGAGAAUGUUCGGCAGCCAGAAGGCGGUAGAACGCGAGCAGGAGAGGGUUAAGUCGGCCGGGUUUUGGAUUAUCCACCCCUACAGCGACUUCAGAUUUUACUGGGACCUGACCAUGCUGCUGCUGAUGGUAGGAAACCUGAUCAUCAUUCCCGUGGGCAUCACCUUCUUCAAGGAUGAGAACACUACACCAUGGAUUGUCUUCAAUGUGGUGUCGGACACAUUCUUCCUCAUCGACUUGGUCCUCAACUUCCGCACAGGGAUCGUGGUGGAGGACAACACAGAGAUCAUCCUUGACCCGCAGCGGAUUAAGAUGAAGUACCUCAAGAGCUGGUUCGUGGUAGAUUUCAUCUCCUCCAUCCCCGUGGACUACAUCUUCCUCAUUGUGGAGACACGCAUCGACUCGGAGGUCUACAAGACUGCCCGGGCCCUGCGCAUUGUCCGUUUCACCAAGAUCCUCAGCCUCCUGCGCCUCUUGCGUCUCUCCCGCCUCAUUCGAUAUAUUCACCAGUGGGAAGAGAUCUUUCACAUGACCUACGACCUGGCGAGUGCCGUGGUGCGUAUCGUCAACCUCAUUGGCAUGAUGCUCCUGCUCUGCCACUGGGAUGGCUGUCUGCAGUUCCUGGUGCCCAUGCUGCAGGACUUCCCCGACGACUGCUGGGUGUCCAUCAACAACAUGGUGAACAACUCCUGGGGGAAGCAGUACUCCUACGCCCUCUUCAAGGCCAUGAGCCACAUGCUGUGCAUCGGGUAUGGCCGGCAGGCCCCGGUGGGCAUGUCGGACGUCUGGCUCACCAUGCUCAGCAUGAUUGUGGGUGCCACCUGCUACGCCAUGUUCAUCGGCCAUGCCACUGCCCUCAUCCAGUCCCUGGACUCCUCCCGGCGCCAGUACCAGGAGAAGUACAAGCAGGUGGAGCAGUACAUGUCCUUCCACAAGCUCCCGCCUGACACCCGGCAGCGCAUCCACGACUACUACGAGCACCGCUACCAGGGCAAGAUGUUCGACGAGGAGAGCAUCCUGGGCGAGCUGAGCGAGCCGCUGCGGGAGGAGAUCAUCAACUUUAACUGCAGAAAGCUGGUGGCCUCCAUGCCGCUGUUUGCCAACGCGGAUCCCAACUUUGUGACCUCCAUGCUGACCAAGCUGCGCUUCGAGGUCUUCCAGCCUGGGGACUACAUCAUUCGGGAAGGCACCAUUGGCAAGAAGAUGUACUUCAUUCAGCACGGGGUGGUCAGCGUGCUCACCAAGGGCAACAAGGAGACCAAGCUGGCGGAUGGCUCUUAUUUUGGAGAAAUCUGCCUGCUGACGCGGGGCCGGCGCACAGCCAGCGUGAGGGCUGACACCUACUGCCGCCUCUACUCGCUGAGCGUGGACAACUUCAAUGAGGUGCUGGAGGAGUACCCCAUGAUGCGGCGGGCCUUCGAGACGGUGGCGCUGGACCGCCUGGACCGCAUCGGCAAGAAAAACUCCAUCCUCCUCCACAAAGUCCAGCACGACCUCAACUCAGGCGUCUUCAACUACCAGGAGAACGAGAUCAUCCAGCAGAUCGUGCAGCACGACAGGGAGAUGGCGCACUGCGCGCACCGCGUCCAGGCCGCCGCCUCCGCCACGCCGACGCCCACGCCGGUCAUCUGGACCCCGCUGAUCCAGGCGCCGCUGCAGGCCGCCGCCGCCACCACUUCCGUGGCCAUCGCCCUCACCCACCACCCGCGCCUGCCGGCUGCCAUCUUCCGGCCUCCCCCGGGGCCCGGGCUCGGCGGCCUCGGGGCCGGGCAGACGCCCCGGCACCUGAAGCGGCUGCAGUCUCUGAUCCCGUCGGCGCUGGGCUCCGCCUCGCCCGCCAGCAGCCCGUCCCAGGCGGACACGCCGUCUUCCUCCUCCUUUCACAUCCAACAACUGGCUGGAUUCUCCGCGCCGGCCGGUCUGAGCCCGCUCCUCCCCUCGUCCAGCUCAUCCCCGCCGCCAGGGGUCGGCGGCUCCUCCCCGGCGCCCACGCCUUCCACCGCCGCGGCCGCUGCCACCGCCGGGUUUGGUCACUUCCACAAGGCGCUGGGGGGCUCCCUGUCCUCGUCCGACUCUCCCCUGCUCACCCCGCUGCAGCCGGGCGCCCGCUCCCCGCAGGCCAGCCAGCCGCCGCCCCCGCUGCCGGGGGCCCGGGGAGGCCUGGGACUCACGGAGCCCUUCCUGCCGCCCCCGCCCUCGGCCAGGUCCCCGUCGUCCAGCCCCGGGCAGCUGGGCCAGCCUCCCGGGGAGCUGUCCCCCGGGCUGGCCGCCGGCCCGCCGAGUACGCCAGAGACACCCCCGCGGCAGCCUGAGCGGCUGUCCUUGGUGGCCGGGGCCUCAGGGGGGGCUUCUCCUGUCGCCUUCACCCCCCGAGGGGGGCCCAGCCCUCCUGGCCACAGCCCGGGCCCUCCAAGAACUUUCCCAAGUGCCCCACCCCGGGCCUCCGGCUCCCACGGCUCCCUGCUCCUGCCCCCUGCAUCCAGCCCCCCGCCGCCCCAGGUCCCCCAGCCCCGGGGCACGCCACCCCUCACCCCCGGCCGCCUGACCCAGGACCUCAAGCUCAUCUCAGCCUCUCAGCCGGCCCUCCCCCAGGACGGGGCGCAGACUCUCCGCAGAGCCUCCCCGCACUCCUCUGGGGAGUCGGUGGCAGCCUUCCCGCUCUUUCCCAGAGGUGGGGGCGGCAGCGGGGGCAGCGGGGGCCUCGGUCUCCCCGGGAGGCCCUAUGGUGCCGUCCCUGGCCAGCACGUCACUCUGCCUCGGAAGACAUCCUCAGGUUCUUUGCCACCCCCUCUUUCUUUAUUUGGGGCAAGAGCCACCUCUUCUGGGGGGCCCCCUCUGACUGCUGCUCCCCAGAGGGAACCUGGGGCCAGGUCUGAGCCAGUGCGCUCCAAACUGCCGUCCAAUCUAUGA